AUGGACGAGGAGGACGAAGCAGUGAUCGCUGAAGUUGAUCGUGUCCGUCUCGACGCCAUUGCUGCCAUUGAUGAGUUCCUUCAGAAAAAAGCCCAAACUUCAGUAAUCAAAGGCAACCUAAAUUCUGUCUGGAAUGAAGAACUGAAGCUCUCUGUUCCACGGCAAUGUGGACCUCUGAAGCUGCAAGUGUUCGAUCAUGACGUGGUGUCCAAGGACGACCUCAUGGGGGAGGCCGAGAUCGACCUGCCGACGAUGAUCAACGCCGCUACCCCGUUCGGUGAUCCAGAGCUGCUGGGCGACAUACAAAUUUGCCGGUGGCUCAGGUCCAACAACAAUGCGCUCGUCAAGGACAGUGCCGUGGUGGUUGCCGGCGGCAAGGUGAAGCAAGGGGUGACGCUGAAGCUGCAGCCGCACGAGGCGGUCGAGGUGGAAACAACGCAGCGCGGGUUCGACGCGCAGCGCAAGACUGGCGGCGGUGGUAGGUCAACCCGGAUGACGUCGCAGCAGGCGGAAAGAGUGGCAGAGCUACAUCUUGUGCGAGCAGAAGUGGCGCACAGGGGCUGCGGCUAG